AUUCCACCCGGCGCUGCUGCACGCUCGACAGCCGCCCGUCCCCUCGAACCCCGUCAAACUCUUCAGGCUGUUCCUAGCGUCUGGCUUUUGAUUCAGACUCACGGUUCAGUGGCUCUCACACUCCGUCUCCGUCACCAUGGCCCGAAAUAGCCUGUACGCGGUUGCAGACGAUGUUUCCUUCAGCAAGGAGCCUCGAAGUGACGAGCUCUUGUGUCAUGGAUGUUGUCCCAUCCACUUUAUAUUGAAUACCUUCCUUUCUCCCCCUCGUUACUCGAGGUUGCUUUUGCUUUCUGCUUAACAAUGAAGUUCUGUGCAAUUGAGCUCGCAGACCAUUGUUAAUGCUUGUUUUUCCUUUCUUCAUACAUCAUAUGUUCAACCUGAAGGACAUCUCCUUACAGUACGGAGCAUGCCAUCUUAGUUUUAUUCAAUUGAGUCUUGAGAGUUGACCUCGACUUGAGGAACAUAUAAUCUGCUCCUCCCGCUUUAUCCGUAUCUCGUUUCCAUAUUUUACUUCAGCCUCAGCCCAUGAAAUGCGGCAAUCAAAGUUCAUGCUCAUAUGCACCCUUCAAUCGCUUCUCAUAACCGCUCAUUGUGCGUCUAUAUCAGGUCUUGCCUUCGAUAUCUGGCCACGAGAUACCGAAUCCUGUGCGGAGCCAAAUUUAUCUAGAUGUCCCGACGACAAGCUUCCGUCCAACUUCUGCUGCCCGAGAUCCUCGACUUGCCUUAGUCUAGAUGACUCAACAACUCUGGUUUGUUGUCCCAAAGGGAGAGACUGCACGACGAUCAGGCCGAUAACCUGCGAUAUACAACGACAGAAUGUGUCCAAAGACCCCUCCAGUGUGGUCAAAACCACCAAGCUCCUGGAGCCUCUUUCGCAAUGCGGGAGCGGAUGCUGUCCCCAUGGAUAUGUGUGCGAUAACGGAAGCUGUAAAGUUGAUACAACUCCUUCAAAGACCGCGUCUUCUACGUCGACUACGACUCCCGAGCCAACAUCGACUUCUCUUCCAGCAAUUACCACCAUUUCAGCCACCCCUCUAUCAAUUCCCAGCCUCAACGAGUCAACAUCUGAAGAUUGUCCAGCGAUUCCUGGCGUUGCAGUUGCGGCGGGAUUCUUUCCUGGAAUAGUGGCUGGCAUCCUGAUAAGCAUGGCAUUUUGCUAUUGGCAAAAACGGCGCAGGAAUAAAAACUCCUCCUCUCCCACCAAAAUCAAUCAUUUUCAUCACAAGUCGGACGACGGCGCGAUCCUUUCCAUCUCGGACCCGAUUCCCUCCAGCGCACAAGAUUCCGUGCGAACAGACUUCCUUCGUCACCAUGGAAGCUUAGAAAGAAGAGAAAACUCUCGAUCCGUUAGAGAACGUGCGAGUACGCGGGUGCGAAGUUUUUUUGCUCCUAAAUUAACGAUCACUAUCCCGGACUCUUCGACUAUGCCAAUCACUCCACCAAACCAAAUCUAUCCGCGCCGAGAGCCAAGCAUGGAGAGUAUACGUGUAUACAGCCCCAUUCGAUUGAAUGAAGGGCAGGCUCUGCCAAGUCGAAAUGUCAAUGCGAGAGAUUCGCGUCCACCGACCACCUUCAGCCAGAUGAUGGAGAGUGUGGGUUUUCAGAAUGGCCAUGGAAGUCCAUUCUAUCCGGUUGGCGAGACACCGCGACAGCCGACAAGAAGAUACCAAGCUGAGAACACAUUGAGACCUGGAAGGUGAGGAGGAAGCCUAUGCGAAUGUAUCAUGGAAGGAGUUUAUGGGAAGGUGUUUUUGGCUUUGGCUAUCUGGGAGUUUUCUGUAGAUAUACCAUUCGAUUCCCUUCUUACGCUUGCUUAGAAUACUAUUUUAAUACAUUGAUAUAAAAGUUGUCAAAUCAAUCUCUCAGCCGCUCCGAGCGAGUAAAGCACAACUACCCGGUUACUAGAGCUAACCUUCAUGCGAAAUCCAUAUGGUCAAUCGAGAAGGCAUUCCUAUUAUAGGUUAUCCGCUGCUGGACCUCUGUAAGAUAGAAGAGACUCCGAGAUGCCAGUAUUGGCAACAAUUAGGGAGGAAAAAAAAAAG